GGUUGACUUUUUGCGAAAUCCCAUCAUCUCCUUCUCCUUAGCUCCUUAGCUCUCUUGUUCACUCAUCAUAGCGGCAAAGGAACGAUCUUCGUGUAGUCUGCAGCCUUUGAUCCACGUCGAGGCGACUGAGUCGAAGCUUCUUGGCUGAUCUCUACCUGGAUUCGCUGAGGAAAUGGAGGAGUCAUCAGGAUGUGAUUACGAAGUGUUUUUGAGCUUUAGAGGACCAGAUACUCGUACAGACAUUGCUGAUUACCUUUACGUCAGCAUGGUUGAUGCUGGAAUUCGGGCAUAUAGGGAUGAUGAAGAGCUCCGUACCGGGGAAGAGCUAGGCGACCAGCUUUUCCAAGCAAUUCGGCAGUCAAAGAUCUCAAUACCAAUCUUUUCUACAGGAUAUGCUGAUAGUCCAUGGUGCCUUAGAGAGUUGGUUGAGAUGGUGGAGAGCAAGAACACAAGGGGACAAAAGAUCAUGCCUAUUUUCUACAAUGUUGCACCAUCUGAGGUCAAAUACCAGAAUGAGCACUACGGCAAUGCCAUUGUUUCUCAUUUAAACAAGAAGCGGUUUGAUGAUGAGACUAUCAACAACUGGAAGGCUGCUCUUAAAAAGGUUGGAGAACUAAAGGGAUGGGAUCUCCAUAGCAUGCUAAACAGCAAUACUAUCAAAGGCAAAGGUGAAUUUGUGAAAGAAGUUGUCAAUGAUGUUUUGACUGAGUUGAAAACUGCUUACUUGGAAGUAUCUGAUUGCUUUGUCGAAGUAGACAAUCACGUGGGUAAAAUCAUGAGCAUGAUAGGUGCACACAGCCAUGAAACAAAGAUUGUUGGAAUCCAUGGUAUGGGUGGCGUGGGAAAGACAACUCUUGCCAAAAUAGUGUACAAUCAACUUUCUAAUGAUUUUGUUGAUUAUUGCUUCCUUUGUGACAUUCGAAAAACAAAGAUUACACGCUUGCAGAAUCAGCUCUUAUCAGACAUCCUUAAAAAGAAAUGGCUUGAUAUCAACAAUGUCAUGGAAGGGAAAAAGGAGAUAAAAGAAAGGUUACGCUCUAAAAAAGUGCUUCUUCUACUUGAUGAUGCUGAUGAUGCAAGUCAACUUGAAGCGCUUGUGCAAAAGCAUGAGUGGUUUGGCAAGGGAAGCAAGAUUAUCAUUACAACUAGAGAUCGAGGAAUUCUCAAUGUUGAUGAGACUUAUGAACUUACUGGCAUGGAUUUUGAUCAUUCUCUCAAACUUUUUAGCAAGCAUGCAUUUAGAAGAGAUUAUCCCCUAGAGCAAUACAUUUGUCACUCUGAAAGGGCAAUAAAUAUGUGUUACGGUCUUCCUUUAGCUCUUGAGGUAAUAGGUUCUCUUUUAUCUGGAAAAAGCGAAGAGGAGUGGGAUGCCACAUUAAAGGAGCUAGAAGAAUCUCCUCAACAGAAUGUUAGAAAGAAGUUAAUGAUUAGCAUUGAGGCCUUAAAUGAAAACCAAAGAAAAAUAUUUCUCGAUGUUGCUUGUUUUUUCAUUGGGUAUGAUAAAAGAAUUGUUAUUCACUUGUGGGAAAGUUGUAAGUUUCUUCCUCAUGAAUCUCUUGGAAUCCUCUAGCAAAGAUCUUUGAUAAAGAUUAGAGAUGAUAACCAAUUGUGGAUGCAUGAUUGCUUAAGAGAUAUUGGAAGAACUUUUAUAGAAGAAGGAAGUGGUAUGAAACCAGAGAACCAACAAUGGGUGUGGACUCAUGAGCAAGCAUUGGAUGUUUUAGAGAAAAUGCAGAAUGGAGGUGGUUUUCAUAGAAAUGAAAGCAUUAAAGCAAUAUGUCUUGAGUUCGAUGAACAAUCUCGAUAUCCCUUCAUCAAAGAAUUCUUAGCUAGCCUUUCAAAUCUAAGGUUCCUUCGAGUAGACAAAAAGUCCAUAUCUCAAGUGGAUAGUAAAGACUUCAAUAGAGACUCGAUGUCCAUCCUUACUCAAGCUGAUCCUUUCCAAUAUUACCAGAAUUCAAACCGAUGUAUCCUUUCAGAAUUGAGAUGGCUUUCAUGGAAUUCUCUUCCUAUGGAUUAUGAGCUGACCACUUUCUCCUUGAGGAAGCUAGUAAUCCUUGAUUUAUUAAGGAGUAACAUCACAGAAGAAUGGAAUGGAUGGAGUCUCAUAAAGGUUGUCUUCUUUUCAGCAUGCCAGGAAUUUGAAGGUCCUAAAUCUAACCGGAUGCCAAGAAUUGCGUGAAACUCCAGACUUGUCUUCUAAUGUGAAUUUAGUACAGCUGAUUCUCAAAGGAUGCAGGAGUUUGGUUCGAAUCCAUCCAUCCAUUAGUCACCUUAAGAGGUUAGUCAUCUUAAACUUGAAGGAUUGUUAUCAUCUCCAUAUGCUACCUAAUGAGAUGGGGGAGCUAGAAUCUUUAGAGCAACUUCUUUUGGACUCUACAUCUAUAGAAGAGAUCCCUGAAUGGAGAAAGGCGAAGAAACUGAAAAUUCUCAGCUUGGUUGAAUGUAAAUCACUAAAAAAGUUCAAUUUCGUUGGUUGUGCAAUAGUGGGAGUGGAUAGCCUUUGCACUCGACUACCUAAGUCAAUUGAAAACUUCAAUUCACUAGCUAAGUUGGAUCUAACGCGUUCAGCAAUUCAGGAGUUGCCCGAUUCAAUUGGAAACAUGAAGAAUUUAAGAGUAUUAAAGAUGCGUAACAGCUCCAUAAAAAAACUACCCAGUGCCAUUGGAAUGUUGGAGAAGCUCGAAGAGUUAGAGGUAGGGGCAUUUGGAAAACUGAGAGGAGAGAUUCCCUUUAAUAUUGGGAAGCUACGAUUUUUGAAAAGAUGUGUGGUGAAUAUCUGUGGAAUUUCAGCGGCACUACAGUUUCCAGAAAGUUUGAUAGAUCUACGUUUUUUUUCGACUUCAACAAAGAUGUUGCCACUCUCGAACCUAUUAAACUUGAGAAUAUUGAAUGUGUGUUCUCCAAGUAUAACCACCCUAUCGCCCGAUAUCAGUUUUCUUUCUCAGCUGAAGACACUCAUGAUCCACUGCAAGAAUUUGCGAUGCCUACCUAGGCUUCCGACAAAUCUGUCAUAUUUAUGGAUAAGGGAGAGUAACAAGUGGAAAACUACAAAUGAUCUCUCGUAUUUGAAAUCAUUACAGAAGUUGUUAGUUCGGGAUUGUCACAGGCUAACGGAGAUUCGAGGCCUUGAAGGUUUGCAGAGCUUGAGAGAAUUAGAGCUCGAGAGACUUCCAUCAUUGACGAAGUUGCCUCAUCUAACUAACUUGAAGGAGCUCGAGGAGAUUCAUCUAAAGGAUUGUCCUGAGCUUUUUAAGUUUUGGUGUAGUCUAGACUCAGUGGAGUUCGUUGAUAACCUCGAUUUGAACAUGCUGCUUGCUUCAUCAGGCUCCAAACAUCUACAUAUUAAACUUCAACAAAAGGAGUAUGAUCCGAUUACACUUUGCUCACGCUGUAGGCCUUUGUAUCAUUGACGUUUUCUUUUCACUAUUUUGCAUCGCGUAUGUAUUAAGGCCCUUGAUAAGUGCCGUCUCUCCGACUUUAUGAUGUGAAUUUGGUUACUAGAAAAUAAAUCAGUCAUGCUUCGUAGCAAAAUGAACGAGAAUCUUCUGCUGAUAUAAAUCGAUAUGGAUAAAAUAUCGUCUUUUCGGAAGACUAUAAGAAGGUAUUGGGCCGGAACUCUGCUUCCUUCUUUGCUCAUAAGGACUAGUAAUCUUUUGACAAAUAAGAUAACUUCUGUUUGGUUUUUCU